AUGCAACAAACAUAAAGAGGAAGAAAGAUUAAAAAGAGUUAAAGCUCAAAGAAGAUUAGGUCAUAGACAGAAGAUCCAAAAAAGAAAUCUUUGAAUAAGAAAGCAUUGUGUUUGAAAUAUUAUUUUAUUGGCCCAGGCAAUAAUGGAAAAUUGAUCUCAAAUUAUUUAUCUCAAUAAUCGUAAUGAGAAUAAUUAUUUGAUUUAUAGAGGAUGGAAGCUUUUAGAUGCAGAAAGUGGAAAAUCAUCUAAUGAUUUUUAUUUGAAAUGGGUUCAAACUAAUUCUGAAAUUCAAUUUUAAUAUUUUAAAGAGGGAUAGUAAAUAAUUAAUCAUUUACCUAAUCAUAUGAUUCUUACAUCAAAAUAACUUAUUAUUUAAACCAUGAAAGAAUAUGAGAGAUAAAACAAAUGUAAUUUCUUUUUUUUUGUGAUUUAGAAUUAUUAUUCAAUUCAUCAUACUUCUUUCCUGAAACAUACAGAAUUGAUUUGACUUAAGAAUUUUUGAGUAAUGAAGAAGAUCAAUUUCUAAAAACUGAUAAUUCUGCAAUUUGGAUUAUUAAACCAACUUAUUUUAAUUGUGGAAGAGGUAUUAAAUUGUGUUCAAAUGCUAAAAAACUAAAAUAAGAAUUUUAGAAGUAAGAUUUCUAUAAAAUUAGAUUAAAAUCAAUCUCUAAUUCAAUAAAAGCAUCAAAAGGAUUUUUACCAAAUGGUAUAUUUACACAAAAUCUUAGAAAAUGUAUAGUUUAAAAAUAUAUUCAAAAUCCACUUUUAUUGGAUGGACGUAAAUUUGAUAUUAGAUGUUAUGUAUUGAUUGCUACUUCAAGACCAUUAUUUGUUCUCUUUUAACAUGGAUAUUUACGUUUAUCUGUAGAUAAAUAUAACGUUGAAGAUAUGGAUGAUGAGAAAAAUAGAUAUAAACAUUUAACUAAUGCAGCAAUCUAAAAAAAGCAUCCUUCAUUUAAUGCAUCUAAAGAAUCAACUAUAUGGUCAAUGCAAUAAUUCGAAGUAACUAUCUAUUUUCAACUAAAAAGUAAUAUUUAAAAGAGAAGAUCAAUGUUUCAUAAGAGUAAAUUGAUACAAUUUAUUUGUAAAUGAAAAAAAUAUUUGCUCAUAUCAUCCGAUGUGCAGCUGAUAAAUUUGAAAAGAGAUUAGGAACAUUUGAAUUGAUGGGAUGUGAUAUUAUGAUAGAUACAAAUUUAAAGGUCUAUCUCAUUGAAAUGAACACUAAUCCUGCCUUAUUUUUAGGUAAGUACAUUAUGUAUAUCAAUAAUAAGAUACUACUACCUAAGCACAAGUAAUACCUCCAGUAGUUUAGUAAACUUUAGAUCUUGUCAUUUAUUUAAAUGAUGAAAAGAAUAAACCAAUAGAAAAAUGUCUUUAGAAUUCAAGUAAACUAAAAUUAGGUAAAUGGGAAGUAAUUCAUAAUGAAACAAUUAAUUUUAAUUUAGUUGCAUAAUGA